UCGGGCGCGCUGGGAGUCUCUGUGCGCGCGCUCUGGGCUGAGUCCUGCGGACCAUGACCCCCUCCGUCACAGCUCGCCGGCGCGGGUACCGGGGCCCGGUGAGGACCCCACGGGGGAAUUCGGAGCGGCUUUUCUUCCGCGGCGCGUUUCCUCAGCGACCUUGGGAAUACCCUACUGCUGGCACCUUGGUCUCCUCAAAUUAUAACCUUCCCAGCCCUGCCUGUCCCGCUCUCUUAACGCCCCAGCGAAGUGGUGCUGGCUUGCUCCCACGUCCGAGAAACCCCACGCAAAAGCAAUGCAACCUGUUCUGAAGAAGGAAGACUUUCAAGGGAUCUAACUCCUGCCCUUGUGCUUGCAAGGCAGACAGUGGAACCACUGAGCCAAACCCCUGGCCAGCAAGAAAGACUCUUAAAGCAUCUUCUAUUUGGACCCUCAGGCUUAAGACCACUGUACACAACCUACUCACCCAAAACUGUGAUUGAAAUAACAAAAACACACACACAGCAUCACUUCUGUGGCAUUUUUACCGAAGAUCUUCAGCCUACACCAAAUCAUUAGGAAACAUCAGAUGAGUGGAAAGGAAGGAAAUUCUACAAAGUGACUGUAAUCUUCAAAAGUAUGGAGAGAAUGAAGACCAAGCAAAUGCUGAGGUUUGAUUGCUGAUUAAAAGAAACUACAGAGAUAUAAUAAUGGCAUUUUUUUCGGAGAUCUGAAGGAUCCAAUCAAAGGCCUGGAGCUCACUGUAGUGCCCUGUCCAGUCGGUACCGGAGAUCAAAGGAUCUGUGAUGGAGGCUGAAGAGUCUGCUCUGUAUGCCAGGAGACAAUAUCCAACGUGAAGCCCCCUCGUCAGCAGAGCUAUAAGGUGAACUCGGGAAGAGCCCACCCCUGUGCACGUGGGGCCAAGCGGGCGAAAGGCCAGAACUCUCGCUGUGGCUGUGCAGCCGGGAAAGGAUGUCUCCCAGCCUUCAGGAAGGUGCCCAGCUCAGGGAAAGCAAACCAUCACCCUGCUCCUUUUCAAUCGAGAGCAUCUUAGGACUGGACCAGAAGAAAGACUGUUUUCCAGCACCGAAACCUCACAGGUCAUGGGCAGAUACAUGCAGCUCCUCAGGGAAAGAUGGUGACCUGUGUCUACCUGUCCCAAGUCUUCCCGGUGGAACCUCUUUUCCUUGCACAGCGGAUCAUCCAGUGGCAGAAGAAAGAGCUCUGAAAUAUGAACAGAUCUUUUCGACCUCAGAAAGACUCUCUUUGAAAAGAGAGAUGAGUUGGUAUAGAGGACGAAGACCAAGAACUGCUUUUACCCAAAACCAGAUUGAAGUAUUGGAAAAUGUCUUCAAAGUAAACUGCUACCCUGGCAUUGAUAUCCGAGAAGACUUAGCUCAAAAACUGAAUUUAGAGGAAGACAGAAUCCAGGUGUCCUUGGAUGGCCCGGGGAAUUAUCUACUUUAUCUAGCACGUUAUGACAAGAAUUACAUCAUAACUAUGUCAUACUGUCUACACUGCAUCAAAAGCUUACAAAAAAAACCAUGUAUCUGCGUAGCUGCUGCCCCUUUAGACUGGUUUCCAAAUGAAGAAACAUAAGGCUCACCUGACCUCCCCUGAAGUCUGGAGCGAAGCCCCGGAUGAGCCUGACUAUAUUCCACCAGAUCCCAGCUGAACC